GCCGGGCCGGGGCUGGGAGCGGGGGGCGGCCCAGGUGAGUCCCGACUGCGCAGGGAGGGACCGCGCCCGGCUCCUGAGCAGCAGCCGGCCUCGCACCUGCCCCCUGAGGCUGCGCGCCGGACUCCGGCGCCGACCCGCACCCCGGGACCUCUCAGAGCCGCUGCCUCUCCAGGUCCGGGCGGCCUCCGCCCUGGCCUGCCCCGGUGCCAGGUGUCUGCUGAAGUUAGAACCGAGACCCCGUUUGCCGGGGACCCGGAGUUUGGAUCUUUGCUCCUGCGCCGCGUUCUAGAGCAAGCCUUGGCCUCAGCAUGGAGGGCAGGGCCACAGCGUCCACCCCUGCAGCGCUGCCUUACUACGUGGCCUUCUCCCAGCUGCUGGGCCUGACCUUGGUGGCCAUGACUGGCGCUUGGCUUGGUCUGUACCGAGGUGGCAUUGCCUGGGAGAGCCACCUGCAGUUCAACGUGCACCCGCUCUGCAUGGCCAUAGGCCUGAUCUUCCUGCAGGGAGAUGCCCUGCUGGUUUACCGUGUCUUCAGGAAUGAAGCCAAACGCACCACCAAGGUCCUGCACGGGCUGCUGCAUGUCUUUGCGCUCAUCAUCGCCCUGGUUGGCUUGGUGGCGGUGUUCGACUACCACAGGAAGAAGGGCUACGCUGACCUGUACAGCCUGCAUAGCUGGUGCGGGAUCCUCGUGUUUGUCCUGUACUUCGUGCAGUGGCUGGUGGGCUUCAGCUUCUUCCUCUUCCCUGGAGUCUCGUUUUCCCUGCGGAGCCGCUACCGCGCGUCACACAUCUUCUUUGGCGCCACCAUCUUCCUCCUCUCCGUGGGCACCGCGCUGCUGGGCCUGAAGGAGGCCCUGCUGUUCAAGCUCGGGGCCAAGUACAGCUUGUUUGAGCCCGAGGGCGUCCUGGGCAACGUGCUGGGCCUGCUGCUGGCCUGCUUCGGGGGUGUGGUGCUCUACAUCUUGACCCGGCCGGACUGGAAGCGGCCCCCCCAGGCGGAGGAGCAGGCCCUCUCCAUGGACUUCAAGACGCUGACGGAGGGAGACAGCCCCGGCUCCCAGUGAUGCGCCCAGCAGGCCCUCGGGGUCCGCGGGGUGUCUUCAGGGCUGCAGGCUCCGGCGGCGGGCGGGCGAGUGCGUGCAGCUGCGUCUGUUGGAGUGCUGCUUUCUGGGGCGGGGCUCCGCCGCCUCCGCUUCUCCCUUUCUCCGCUGCUAUAGCUCCCGCGUCUCUAUUGCCCCCUUCAGUGCAGAGGCUUUGGUGGUCAGUCCUGGUCGCAGAGCACAGAUCUUUAGAGGAGCCAGCGAGAGGGCCCCACCCUCCCGGCAGCAGAUGCCUGGGGCAAGGCCAGGGGAAGCUGGGGGGCCUCAGGGACGGGCCUGGAAAGGCCAGGACAGCUUCUGAAUGCAAACCAGGAGCCCCUCCAGCCCGAGUAACACGUGGCACAGAUGGGCCCAGUCUUUGGCAGAGGAGCAAGUGAGAUGAUGUGUCAAGUAUGUUGGUGUUGAGAGCAAGGUUCCCAGGAGAGGGGCGGGCCGGGCCCCGGGAGGCUGAGAUGAGGCCCUGGUCCAGCUGCAGUCCUGACCCUCCUAUUCUUUAACCCUUUAUCCAGGACAGCUUUGCUGGGAGAGGGGGUGGAAGCCCAUGACUUCAGACAAACGUCCCCUUCGCAGAUGUGGGCAGCCGCCUCUCAGGCUGAUCCAGACAUGGGGGGCAAAGAUGGGAGGCACCCUACGGCCCCUUUCUGCCGGGGCUUCCUCCCUGCAGCACCCCUCCCCCGACCUCACAGCUCAGCCGUGGUUUCUUCUCCCAGGCUCACUCAGGCUCUGCUCAGGCUGGGAGGCGGAGGGCACGAACUUUAGCAUUUUUUUAAAUGAAAAACUACUGCUGCUGGCUGUGGCUGGAGCCCCUGGGCUGCUGGAGCUGCUGCCUGUGUUCUGAAGGACGAGCCUUCUCUGACCUGGUGCCCGUCUUUCCGGGAAGUCAGGACGCAGUCAGAACUAGACUGGUUUGCAGACCCUCCAGCCCCUUUAUGUUCUGUGUGAGUGUCCUGCUGUUAGCUGAGUCACCCUUUGGCUUCGGUCUGGAGAUAGCGUGAUUAGAACAUUGAUUGUGUUCGUCUUGGAUCUGGUGACUUCUCUCCUUGUUUUCCUUGUUUUUUUGGGGGGUUUGAGGAGCAUGGCUUAGCUUGAGACAGACACAGUGAAGAAGCUGAUGACAGUUCCAGACCUGAUGGCGACUCUUGUCGUGGCUGCCCCUUUCCUCCCCGAAGCCGCCUUGGAGAAUCGGGUCGGCCUCCUCUAAUGCUCAGAUCUCCCGGAGUUGGCUUUUGCUGCCGGUCCUGCCUCAGGUGAUGUCAUUUCUGGGCGCAGGUGGUUAUAGUUCAGGCCCCUCCCCGGCAGGGGCCGCCCAGGCUCCUUGGAGCCCUUUCCCUCCCCCUCUCAGCCUGUCUGGAUGACCGUGUUCCUGUUUACACUGUACACUCUUCAAGGAUAGUGGCACUGUGAGUUCUUUAAUCAGACACCCACUUGUAUAGUGAAAUGUCUACAUGUGGGAAAACUCCGCCUUAGACAGACUACCAAAGUACAAGCCUGUCUCCCUAACCCGAAUGCUACAGAGAGAAAUGGAACUUUAGAUUUGCAACAAAAGUCUGUAAACUGCCCUGUUUGCCAAAGUGAACACUGGGUGACUAAGGAUGACUGAGGAGCCAAAGAUGGCCCCCAGAAGCAGCUCUGUGGUGGGUUAUUUUGCCUGUGGCCAAUCUUCUGUGAAAUACAAUGUGCUGUUGGUGUAACAGAUGACGCAAUAAAUGUCUACAGCAGA